AUAGAAACACGCUUUCGCCGACUUCUUGAGCAGACUUUUGGAUUUGGGUGCUUUUAAAACUCAAAGCAGAUGGAGAACAUCUUCAUAGGUGCAGGAGGAGGAGGACUGUGGAAUAACCCCAGACAACCACGGUACAACAAGGAGGCCGAGGAAUUGAGGAGUUUGAGAAAAGAAGAGGCGGACCUUAUAUACAUCAAGAGAGAAGAGAGCAUCAGACGAGCAAAGUCUUUGUCGACUUCUGCUUCAGAAAAAUCUACCGCAAGUAAAUCUACCUAUCAGUGCGAGCCUAGACGGACUCUGAAACGCAAUGCUGAAGCUUGUCGAGCUGGGAAGAGCUACGAGAGGGAAAUGUUUCACCCUGGUCCCUAUCGAGAUAUGGAGGAUGAGAAGAAGAGGCUUCAAAAUUUCAUGGCAACAGGAAGAUAUGAAGACCCUGGAAUGUCAAUAAAAAAAGCUGAACGUCGCAAACCGGAGGAAUCACAGAAGCCCGACCCCUAUGAGGAAGUUUUAAAUGAAAUAGAAGAAAGGAAACAGUUUCUAGAAGAUAUGGAAGCUUUGGGCCAGAACCAGCACUCCUUCGUUGUCAAUUCUCAGAUAUCACAGAAGCUUAAUGAGCUGGAGGCUUUGGAAAAGGAUCGCAGUUCCAAGCAGAACGCAGGCAAGUGAACAUCACUUCAGGGAUAACGCGCACCGACGAGACGGCUCUGCGAAGAACGUCUCAAACUGCUGGCUGGCUCAUGUUUCAAGUUUAUACAUCAGUGAAAAACAACAAACUGGAUAAAUAAAUUUGGUUUAUUCUUCA